GACAGUCACAGUGAGCGAGCGUGUGGAAGCCGCAGACUCGCACUCCAGCCUUUUUACUGCGAAAUUUACUGCUGUUAAUGGAGUGAACGCGGAGAGACGGUCCACAGCGAGUCCUGCUGGAGGUUCGGAACAUCUUUAAGAAGACUUUGUCGCGUCAGUCACUAUGUUCUCCUCCUGCCUUCUUCUUCUUCUUCUUGUCCUGGUCCUCCUCACAGGGCAGACGCGCGCGAAGGGAUGCUCAGGAUCAGCAUGUGGGAAAUGUGACUGCAAUGGUGUAAAAGGAGAGAAGGGUGAGUGGGGUCUACCUGGCCUUCCAGGCACCAUUGGCUUUCCUGGGCUGCAAGGACAUGAGGGCCCCCUAGGCCCCAUGGGUCCCAAGGGUGAUCUUGGGCAACCUGGAGCACCAGGACUGAAAGGAACACGUGGCCCUACUGGUUUGCCAGGAUUCCCAGGAAAUCCAGGCCUUCCAGGUAUCCCUGGGCAAGAUGGUCCCCCAGGAGCACCAGGAAUCCCUGGAUGCAAUGGAACAAAGGGUGAACAUGGUCUUGAUGGAAACCCAGGGCUUCCAGGGCUGCAGGGCCCACCGGGUAUCCCUGGCAUACCAGGAAUGAAGGGUGAACCUGGAGGUGCUAUUGAAGGGUUCAUUCCUCAAAAAGGCGAGAAAGGUUUUGCUGGACUACCAGGACAGCCGGGACCCAAGGGGUGGCCUGGAACUCCAGGACCCAUGGGACCACCAGGGCCAGCAGGACCCAGAGGUGAUCCUGGCCCCCCUGGCCCUGGCCCACCAGGAGAGGAAACGCUGACUUUCAUAGGUGAGAAGGGUGAAAAGGGUGCUCGUGGAUUUCGGGGGCCACCAGGACCUCCAGCUCCUCAAGAAUUCAAGGGAGGUCCUACUACCCAGUUCAUACCAGGACCCAAGGGCGAGAAAGGUUCAGUUGGCGACAAAGGAGAAAAAGGAAGUUGCUUCCCAUAUCAAAAUGGAAUUAAGGGGGAUCCUGGCACACCUGGGCCCCGGGGUAAACCAGGUAAAGACGGAGAAACCGGCCCUAAAGGAGAAAAAGGUUUUCCUGGUGCCUCUGGAAACGAUGGUCUGCCGGGUGAAAAGGGUGACAGAGGACCACCUGGAUAUGGUGAUGGACCUCCUGGCCCUCCAGGCCCCCCUGGACCUCCAGGCUUAAAAGGGGAACAAGGUUUGCCUGGCACCAGAGGAGAUGCUGGCAUUCCAGGCAAGAACAUUGUAGGCCCGCCAGGAGAGCGAGGGUUCCCUGGAGAGUUAGGCCAAAAAGGAGAGAGAGGUUUUGAUGGAGUAUCACUGCCAGGACCAAGUGGCAAAGAUGGGGUGCAGGGACCACCAGGGCCUCCUGGACUUCCAGGUGAUGGGGAUUGCAAUAUUGAUCGAGGAGCUCCAGGAGAACCGGGUAAACCUGGCCUUUCCGGAGAAGUGGGCCAGAAAGGUGAUCAAGGAGAUACCUGUUUACAUUGUUCAGCUUUUGGACCCCCUGGGUCUCCAGGCCCUCUGGGACCAGCUGGAGAGCCAGGUGUACCUGGAUUGAAGGGCAAUAAAGGAGUAAAGGGUGAACCUGGACUACAAGGCCCUCCAGGGGAACCAGGUAUUCAAGGCCCCCCUGGAUUGAUCGGUGCUCCAGGGGCACAUGGCGAUCCAGGGGACGUCUAUGUGGCUCCAGGGCUGAAAGGCGAGAAGGGUGCCCAAGGCAGCACUGGCAUCAGAGGCCUGCCAGGUCUAAAUGGUCUUCCUGGACCAGAUGGGAUACCUGGGUUGCCUGGACCCAAAGGAGAACCAGCAACUGUGGGUACCAAGGGAGACCAAGGCCAAGCCGGAGAUCCUGGUGAGAUUGGCCUCCCAGGUGAAAGAGGUCCUCCAGGCAUCCCAGGAUUUGGACGUCUGGGAGAACCUGGAGAGAAAGGUGUUCCAGGGCUGCCUGGUCAUCCAGGGGCACCAGGGCCUCCUGGACCUAAAGGUGAACCUGGAAAAGGUGUCAGUUCACCUGGGCCCCAGGGUGCUCCUGGACCUCGAGGAGAAGCAGGAAGACCUGGACUCCAAGGUGAUCGAGGACCUCCUGGCGAUCAUGGAAUGCCAGGCAUCCCAGGCCAGAAGGGUGACCCAGGUUUGCCUGGCAUUGGAUUGCCUGGACCCCCUGGGCCUAAAGGACAUAUGGGAAUACCAGGGACACGAGGGGUACCAGGAGACUUUGGACCUCUAGGCCAAGAAGGAGCACCUGGAAGGCCAGGCACACCUGGACAAAAGGGUGAACCAGGACGUGGCCUGCCAGGACCAAAGGGCUCUCCAGGGCCUCCAGGAGUGCCAGGAUUCCCUGGAGAGAAGGGGAAUGUUGGGCUACCUGGUGCUCCAGGGCAGGAAGGGCAAACAGGUCCACCUGGGGAGCAAGGAAUUAAAGGUGAUCCUGGACCCCCAGGAGAACAGGGCAUUGAGGGUCCUCCUGGAACCCCAGGAAGUGGUGAGCCUGGGCCACCAGGAGACAUGGGUCCUCCUGGUUCACCAGGACCUCGAGGACAAACUGGAGUAAAGGGAGAAAAGGGGCACCCUGGGGUUCAAGGCCUAGACAUGCCAGGGCCUCAAGGAGAGAAGGGUGAUGUGGGAUUCCCUGGACCUCCAGGGGCUAAAGGAUUGCGAGGUCGACCAGGCCCUGCAGGGAGAGAUGGAUUAUCUGGUGAACCUGGAUCCAAAGGAGAAAUGGGAGCGUUAGGAUUUCCAGGAGUGCCAGGAAUUCAGGGUCUCCCUGGCAGUCCUGGCAUGCCAGGACCCAGAGGUGACCCUGGACUUGUGGGCCCAAGAGGAGAUCUUGGUGAAAUGGGACCCAAAGGAGAACGUGGAGAACGAGGUCUACAGGGACCUCCUGGGAACAUAAGUGAUGCCAUGGCACACAUGAAGGGUGAAAAAGGAGAUGUUGGAGAAAAAGGUAAUGUGGGACCUGCAGGAGAGCAAGGAUACCUAGGAGAACCUGGAGUUCCAGGGAUGCCAGGAAUGGAUGGAGAGCCAGGUUUAUCUGGUCAGCCAGGUGAGAAAGGUGACACAGGUGUACCAGGAGAACCGGGACGUAUUGGAUUACCUGGACUAAAAGGCAGUGUGGGAGAAAUGGGAUUACCAGGUAUACUUGGAACAAAGGGUGAGAAAGGAGUCACGGGUACACCUGGUCACCCAGGAUUUCCAGGUUCGGAUGGUGAGAAAGGCCAGAAGGGGGAUCAAGGUCAGCCAGGAACUGGAGUGCCAGGACCUCAUGGAGAGAAGGGUCAGCCAGGGACACCUGGCUUACCCGGUGUCCCAGGAGAAAAGGGCCAGAAGGGUGACGUUGGCAUUUUAGGAAUGCCAGGAAAACAAGGACCUAAAGGAGACAGAGGAUUUGAGGGAUCUCAAGGUCACCCUGGACCUCCAGGUGAAAAGGGAAUCACUGGACUGCCUGGGUUACAAGGAGAGCCUGGAUUACAGGGAGUGCCAGGUGAACCAGGUGUACAGGGCUUCCCAGGCCCACCAGGGGAGAAUGGCCUGCCCGGAGAGGAUGGGAUACCAGGAUCUGUAGGCGAGAGGGGUGAUCCAGGUAUACCUGGCACAGGGUUGCCCGGUUUACCGGGCCAACCUGGCAGCAAAGGUGAUAAAGGCACUGCAGGCAUUCCCGGUGUUCCUGGCAUCCCUGGUUUCCCAGGAGUAAAGGGGGAAAAAGGCUUUCCGGGUCUCCCGGGUCAACAGGGAAAGUCAGGAGAACGGGGCCUCCCAGGUCCGUCAGCAGACGGGCCCAAAGGGGACCAAGGACCACCAGGAGUGCCAGGGGAGAAAGGUGAAAUUGGGACUCCAGGCCCUCAAGGGAUUCCAGGAAGUGCAGCUGAGAAGGGAGAGAAGGGAGACCAGGGCUUCCCAGGGCCUCCAGGAGAGACUGGAGAGAAAGGGGAUAUAGGUCCACCUGGGAUGCCUGGACAAACUGGACUGUCUGGAUACAAUGGACAAAAGGGGGACAUGGGACAACAAGGUUUUCCUGGAUUCUCAGGUAUAAAGGGUGAGCCUGGAAUGAUGGGAUUCAAGGGAGAGACAGGAGACAGGGGCUUCCCUGGAGAAAAAGGUAAUGAGGGACCCCCAGGACCUCCUGGUCCAGUCACCCGGAUUAAGGGGGAUGUUGGCCUUCCUGGAGAACCAGGGCCUCAAGGUCCAAGAGGACCUCAAGGAUUCCCUGGUAUUAAAGGCCAGCAAGGUGUGACUGGACCACAGGGCAUAAAGGGAGAGGAAGGUCAACAUGGAUUUGAUGGCAGACCUGGGACUAAAGGCGAACCUGGUCCAGUUGGACCUGAGGGACCCAGAGGGCACCCUGGUCCCCCAGGAGCUGAAGGAUUACCUGGUUUAAUGGGGCUCCCAGGGCUUGCAUCCAUGGAUCAUGGAUUCCUGGUCACACGGCAUAGUCAGUCAGUGGAAGUUCCCCUUUGCCCUGAAGGCACCAAAUUCAUCUACGAUGGGUACUCCCUCCUGUAUGUCCAGGGUAAUGAGCGCUCACAUGGACAGGACCUGGGAACAUCAGGCAGUUGUCUGAAAAAGUUCAGCCCAAUGCCUUUCCUGUUUUGUAACAUCAACAAUGUUUGCAAUUUUGCCUCAAGGAACGACUAUUCUUACUGGCUGACUUCCCCUGAGCCUAUGCCCAUGAGCAUGGCACCAAUCACAGGGGACAGCAUCCAGCCCUUCAUCAGCAGGUGUUCAGUGUGUGAGGCCCCUGCCAUGGUUAUGGCAUUCCAUAGCCAGUCUAUCAGGAUACCACCUUGUCCUGUAGGAUGGGAGUCUCUGUGGAUUGGCUAUUCCUUUGUUAUGCACACCAGUGCUGGGGCAGAGGGCUCUGGACAGGCCUUAGCAUCCCCUGGCUCCUGUCUGGAGGAGUUCCGCAGUGCCCCCUUCAUUGAGUGUCACGGACGUGGAACGUGCAACUACUAUGCCAACUCCUACAGCUUCUGGCUGGCCACCAUUGAAGACGACGAGAUGUUUGCAAAUCCUGCCCCUGCAACCCUUAAAGCCGGAGACCUCCGAACUCACAUAAGCAGAUGUCAUGUUUGCAUGAAGAAGACAUAAUGCACCAUCUCUGGACCUGCAAAACUUUUAUGAAACAUGAUGGUGCUACUUUUUGAAGAGAUGGGCAGGUCCAUUAUACAUCCUCUCUGUUCUGAAAGAAAAGGAAUAUCACAAGAGCAGGAAUCCAAACCAUGGCACCUGUUAUUGUGCUCAUACAGAAAAUUCAGUCUGCAUUAUUACAAUUUAUUGAAUGGCAAUUGUUCAUGAAUACAGUGAUUACAUAUUUUUACUGCCCAUUGAAAAUGCGUUAAUAGGAACCACCUGUGAUCAAUGCAGUUAUUUGCUUGUUCAUUAUACGCCCAUUAAAUGACUAACAAGGUUUGCAUGAAAACAAAAAAACUGAUAUAGAUUCUGAUAGUUGUGAACAAAAUUUAUGGCUCUUUGCUUCAAAUAUACUUCACAAUGUAAGACAGGACAAUAACGCAUAGAGUAAUUGAAGGUAGCCACAAUAUCUUACUUACAGGAGGGCAAAUACUCUAUGUUGAAACCAGGCAAUAUAAAAGCCCAAAGGGGGAAGCUGUGAGUACAGCUGCUGAGAGGUUUAGCUAACAGUCUAGUCGCUAUGUGCUGCAUGUGCAGAUUCCUCCGGGGGCUCAGUAAUGCACCUGAGGUAGCAGGAAAUAUGACACAGCAGCAACAGUAUGCCUCCUACGUAUAAUUGCAGUCUGCCUUAUAAGACUGCUCUGCAAUAUAAGAGAUAAGAUAAAACUUUAUUCAUCCCGAAGGAAAUUCUUAUCUAUAUACAUGUGCACACUGUGUCCUUUACUGAGGUACAUGUGGUUACAUGGGUGGGGUACUGACACCGCACACAAUAGUGUUCUAAAAACAGGAGUUAUUAAGGAAAGCAAACCAGUUUAAGCAAUCGAAAAAGAAUGGAACAUGUAAAUAAACUAUCAUUAACAUCCGUUUGCAUCAAAAAAAAAAAA